AUGGCGCCUGAGGUGGUGCUACAGCUCGGCCUUCUCAUCCUAACCCUAGCAAUGUUCUUCGCCAUACACAAAAUCUCCAGAAAAGCUCUAACCAAGCUCCGAACCAACAACCGAGCCAACCUCCAAUCGACCCGCCACUUCGUCCAAGGGUCUCACCUCCUGACCCGAGCCCGAUCCAAUCCUCACAAAGCCCAAUCGCAGGCCCAUGCCAAAAACGCCUUAACGGAGGCGGAGAAGGCACUGGCUCUCUCCCCGAGAGACCCGGGCCCGCACAUUCUCAAAGCCCUAGCUCUCGAUCUCUUGGGGCACAAGACCUCCGCGCUGAAAUCGUUCGACGUGGCUCUAUCGCCGCCGUGCGUGAAGUCACUCUCGGAGAGGGAGCGUGGGGAGGCACUGGUGAAGAGGGCGGAAUUGAAGAUCGGGCUGAACCGGAGGCGCCGGGUUGACUCGGCCGUCGAGGACCUCGUGCAAGCGGUCAGCCUGAGUCGAGGCGAGGGAGAUGAUGUGACGUCGUUCUGUUUGUUGGGUCAGUGCUACGAGUGGAAGGGGAUGAAGGAGGAAGCUAGGGAGGCUUUUGAGCGGGCCCUGAGGGCUGAGCCCGGGUCAGUUUUGGCCCGUCAAGGCUUGGAUCGGUUAGGAUCCUAG